AUGAGGAAUUCAAAGGGUUAACAUCCCUGUUGUAACCACCCGGAUACAAUAAAAGAGCCAGUUCUGACAGCAUCUAGUGUGCUGAACCAUUAAACCCAGCCUUUAUCCAUGCAAAUCCAGACAGACAAUGCCAGGCAACCAACUAGGGACUCAGAUUCCACUGGAGCGCUCCAAUGGCAGCGUGCGGGGGAGGGCUCUCUGUCUUGGAUCACAGAGCUCCGAUUGCAGCAUCCUUGGAGCUGAAACAGAUAUUUUUCUGAAAAACACUUGAGAAAAACAGCCAAGAGCAACAGAUAAUCACAGAAAAAGAGGCAGAGUAUGUGAGCCCAACAGGGUACCACUGGUCCUUGUCUCCAGAAGUAGUAGCAAACCUGGUGUUUUUUCUUUAAUGUAUUACAUGUCUGUGAGGCUCCAGGGUUUUUGCUGAGAAGCCGGCAGGCAGGGAACAGGAGGUGGAAAACUGAACCGAAGAAGCAGGAAAAAACAGAAUGACAGACAGAUUACAAGAUAACAGAUGAAGAAAACUGAUGUGCUAGAUAUCUUUCAUACUCCUGAGUAAUAGCUUCAGGCUGCCUUCUUCGGUCUCUCUUCUCUUCUGGACUUCAGCCGCAGCACAGAGCCUGGGUCAGUGGGUGCCUCCACCAUUCAUGGGAUCAGAGAGAGCUCUCGGUGCUUGAGACAGGAAGGCUGAGCUCACCAUGAUUCAGCAGAGCCUGUUUCUGUGGGCAGUAGUGCACCGCACUGCGAAGUGACUCUUUCCCAAAGGACCCUACUUUUCCCCUGAUGAAGAAACGAUGCCAGUGACGACCACAAAGUCCCAGCUACCCAACACUGUCCCCACCACUGUCCUCUUACGGGGCUCCACAGUGUAUGGGGACAGGCGGCACAACAUCACCUCCAGAACAACCCCCAUGACCAUGACAGUGGCUGCAAACGAUACUGGCUUCAACUCCACUAAGCCGUCCGAGCCAGUGGCUGGUGGGUAUGGUGCGGCAAUGGUGCUGGUACCCUUUGGUAUCAUCACUGUCAUAGGCCUGGCUGUCGUCAUGAUUCUGUACAUCAGGAAACGUAACAGGUUAGAGAAGCUGAGGCUGCAGCUGAUGCCCAUGUACAGCUUUGACCCGGCCGAAGAGCAGGAUGAGCUGGAGAGCGAGGUGCUGGAACAGAACCGGGAGGUGGCUGCUGCUGGAGCUGAGCUCAAGACUCUGACGACCACUCUAGGAAACACAGAGAAUCCUGGCUGUCUGGGGCUUACGGAUGUGGCCAGCACCAUGAAUGCAUGAUUCCACAUCUGGGUGCAGAGGGAGGGUCAGAGGCCAUAGAAGGACUUGAGAAUGUGAAGAAGAAGCUAGACAUGCCUUGUGUUUCAAAUCAAGAUAUGUGGCACGCAACGAGAAACAUCUAAACAUUUAGCAUAGUAUUAUCAUGAACGUAAUGUAUCUUUUUGUAUUAUUUUGAAAGAGGUAAAUUCUGAAUGGUUUUCAGCUUUAACAGAACAGCAAGGAAUAUUUUGGAAGAGCUUUGCUGAAUAUCUUGUUAUCGAAAUUCAUGGGGUAUGACCUGAGCGAAGCAGUUUAGUAUUUAGAUGUUAACUCACCCCUGCUUCUCAAAACCCUUCUACUGGCUCCAGUGGCAGCAGCCUGACGUUGGGGUAAGGGCUAGCUACAAUCAUAGUGCGAAAUUGGAAUGCACUAUUAUUGUCUCUCUCUCCACAAUGUGUGUGUGCACAAUCAUCUCUAUUCACCUGUUAUCACAUGGUACAAUUAAGAGCUUGAGUUUAAUAACUUAUUUAUUUUAUUAUCCUCCUGGAUGUCCAAAAUUGUCCAAAAAAAAUAGAAAAAGACAACAGUUAAAAAAUAGAGGGGGAACAGUAGAGGAGUACAGCAUUUGCAACUUGGAAACUGAUUUGUGUUGACCUCUUGACUGUUGGACUAGUAUUUUAUUGGAAAUUUGUUUUUCACAUGCAAGAUUGCUUCUUUAUAGGCAAUAGAGCUUAAUUGUGGUGUUUAUGCUUGGAUGUAAUCAUUUGACAAUGCUACACAUCAAUGCUACACUGACAAAUUUCAGCCCAAAGCUGCAAUAAGAACAUAGGAACAUAAGAACUAUACAAACGAGAGGAGGCCAUUCGGCCCAUCGAGCUCGCU